AUGGUCAAUGACUACUUCAGUCAGGCUGCCAUCGACUUUCUCCUAGGCAACGUCAACUCGAUGGUCUUCCAAGAGUUCGAAGCCGAGAUGAUGACAAAAGACCCAGCCGUUUCCAUGCUGAAGAUGAGGGAGCAGGCUAUUGAAUUGUCGCAGAAGCGUGUCAUCUCCGACGAGAGUGAAGAGUUCAUGGGCGGCUGGGUUCUCUUCAGCCCCCACCAAUCAGACACCUUACGAGCUAUGCCCUUCGAGGAAGUGGUGUUGCUGUUGACGGAUGCUGCCCUCUACCUGUGCCGAUUUGAUUGGAACAUGGACAAGGUUUCAUCCUUUGAGCGAAUCGAUCUCGCCCACGUCGUCGGUAUCAAGUUUGGCACGUACAUCAUCUCGACGGUCUCUCCCGGUCAGACGGACGAGACCAAGAACGUCGGUUUCGUGGUUUCGUACCAGCCAGGCAAAAAUGAUGUCACGAGAACGAACACCAGAACGUUUUCGAACCUAGGCACAACGAAAACCAAAACAGACCAGUCGAACACUUCGGAGCAACAACAGCAGCCUCAGUCUGCUUUGAACAGCUUGCUGGGCGGCGGGCGCUCCAAAGCCUCGCCGGUGCGCAAGCUUGCUUUCAAGGCUCCUUACUCGCAAUCGUCUGCCGCCGUGACAGGCGAAGGACCGAAGCUCAGCGAGAUUCAGCAGGUCGUCAGCAUUUGCGCGGAAAUAGAACGAUUGGCGUUCCUGAGCCAGCCCGGCAAGGAGAAGCCGGACACCGAGAGCAUCAUAGAGAAGGGCGACAUCAUCUCGCUCGAGGAGGCAAGGCAGAGUACAGGCUUGCUGGACCACAUCAGCUACUCUCUGAAGAGACUCGUCUGGGCGUAA